AAUUUUCGCACAAUGGCACCUCGCUAUAAAAGCACAAUCGGUUGAUCGGACACACAUCACUCAUCGUGCAGUUUUCCAACAAAGUGCAUUCGUCCUCUAUCAACCUUCAGCAAUGGCUUCCAAAUUCGUCCUGAUCGCCGCUUCCCUGGCCUGUGUCAGCGCCGGAUACAUCCCGAGUGAUGCCUCCCAUCUGUCCUAUGCUCCGUCCACAGUCAGCUACUCCAACAUCGUCAAACAUGGUGCCCCGCUGGUGACCAAGACCAUCCUUCCGGAGCCACAGCUGUACCACGGUUAUGCUCAGGCUGCUCCAUCGAUUGUGGUCAGCAAGCCGCUGGCACUUACCAACCCUCUUCCAACCCUGGACUAUGCUGCUCCUCACUCUCUGUACCAGGCCCCAGCUCUGGUGAAGAACAUCGAGUACUCGAAGCCUCUGUCGUAUGGUCCGAUUGCCAAGACUCUGAUUGCUGAGCCGGCAUACGCCAAGACUCUGAUUGCUGAGCCGGCAUACGCCAAGACUCUGAUUGCUGAGCCGGCAUACACGAAGACCAUCGUUUCGGAGCCAAUCUACACCAAGAAUGUGUUCGCUGAGCCCAUCUAUCCGGCCAAGGCUUUGAUCGCUGAGCCAGUGUACGGCAAGAGCAUCAUCGCUCAGCCAGCUCCGAUCUAUGGCGGAAAGGUCCUGUCCUAUGGACAAAACCUCGCUUACGGUGGCAUCUAUGGCCAUGGAUUGUAA